AUGAAUGAUCCGUGGGAGCACCAUGCGAAGACACCCAAAGAUCUGCUAGUGGAUAUUAUGCUAGAUCUUCCAUCAUUAUACCAGGGCAUUGACGAAAUGAAAGACAGAGAUCGUUCUAUUACCGGUUUGCGUGAAGAGCUACAGCAGUUGGCGUCCAAAACCACAGGCCGUCUAUUACAGUGGGGAUCAGAAUUUGCAACUGCAGUGGUGUCUCCCAGGUCUGACUGGCAAGUUCCGUCCAACUUGACGACAGACAAUAUCGCUAGCGCGCAUCUCAUGACCCUUUACUGGGCAUCCCUUAUGAUUGCGCAAAACGUCUAUCACAUUGUCUUUGACGAGGAAUCAGAUGUAGUUGGUAUCGAUCUAAAUGAUUGCUGCCGCAACAUAAUCCGCUGCAUUCCAUUAUUUCUUCACCAAUCCACUGGCAUCUUUCGUCAGCACCUCAUGCCUUUCCCUGCCAUGACAGCAAUUCGACAUUUGAAGUCGACGCGGCCACCCAUAUUGAAACCUGAGCGUGAAUUUGUCCUAUCACUUUCUGAAAAUACGGAGUUUGCGGGCAUGCGGCAGUUCAUGUUAAGUGUACAGCCGCAGCUACUCACGGGAUUGGAAUAG